AUGACCUUCUCCCCGUCAAAGCAUGCCUCUACCUCGGGGAUUUUCUGGUUCGGCAUCAUCUUUGGUCUUCUAGCCUCAUGUUUGCAGUCGGCUGGGAUUACGAUCCAAAGAAAGUCGCAUGUUCUCAAUGAACGUUUACCGGAGGGAGAGAAGCGUGUCGAACAUAGGAGACCUCUUUGGCUACUGGGAUUCGCCGUGUUUAUCUCAUCCAAUGUCGUAGGCUCUUUGGUCCAAAUAGCAUCUCUUCCUGUCGUCAUCCUCGCCCCGCUGGGCGCCGUGUCGUUGUUAUGGAACGCAUUUUUCGCUCAUUUAAUCCUUGGAGACGUAUUCUCACCCUGGAUGAUCCUCGGGACACUGUUCAUCGCAGGCGGGGCAGUGCUGAUAGCCAUUUUUGGGAUCGUUCCGGAGCCAACUCGUUCUUUGGAAGACUUAUUAGGGUUAUUUAGAAGACCAGCUUUCGUGGCGUACUUCUCGCUGCUCGGAGCCGUUGUUGUUAUUAGUCUUGUCAUUACGCAUAUUGCGGAGUAUUCCCUUUCUCGACGUGUCACUCACUCUGAUACGGAGUCCAACACACCAAACAAUCUUUCCUUUAAUCUCCCGGAGGACCCGUCUGUUUUGACCACAGGUAUUACCGACACUAUCACCGAAACCAUCACGACAGAGCGAACGCCCUUGCUUGACCGCAAAUCACCACAAUCACCUUCACUUAAUUUGUCAAGGCGCGAUCCUGAUCUUCGUUCCAUCAAUCGAACACGUCUUAUCCUUGCUAUCUCCUAUGCCUCAUUCUCUGGUAUCAUAUCCGGGAUGUGUCUUCUUUUCGCCAAGAGCGGCGUUGAGCUCCUGUUAUUAACAUUAAGAGGAGACAACCAAUUCUGGCGUUGGCAAGCGUGGGUCCUGGUCCUUGGCUUAGUGGCCUUUGCGUUACUACAGCUGUGGUACCUUCACAAGGCCUUGGUGUUGGCUAGUCCGACCCUGGUCUGUCCAUCGGCGUUUUGUUUCUAUAAUCUAUCAUCAAUCCUGAAUGGCCUGGUCUAUUUCAACCAGUUUUCUCUCAUUCCACCUCUACAUCUGUGCUUAGUGGUUCUUGGUAUUGUCAUUCUGCUAGGUGGGGUAUGGAUCGUCAGCAUACAGUCUGGAGAUGGAGAAGUAGAGCCAUGGAACGGCGACAACGAUAUCAGUGACGAAGAAAUGGUAGAAGAAGCAGCUCCGAGCGAGCCGGAAAUCACACUCUCAGACAGCCCUACUGAGCCCACUCUCCCUCGCUACAUCAGAAGACCAGAAGUGGAGGAAUUACCGUGGGGUAGUCGCUCAGAGCCUAUCAUGCCUCUUCCAGCGGCUACGGGCCUUGGGCUUGACCUUGGCUUAGAUCGUCCCCUACCCCCGCAGCCAACAAUUUCCCUGUCAGAAGCAUCAGAAAGAAUCCAACAAUCACACACUGCUAGCUCCAAUGCCGGCCAGUCUCGGCGGCGAAGACCGACAAUGGAUGAUUAUACCCUUUUGCGCCGUCAUCGUCGUAUACCGUCAUAUACCGGCUUAAAUUCCCAUUCGCAUCUGCAUAAUUUGCAAUUAUCACCACCUUUAAACUCGCGGAAUACUGUUUCAACGCUUGCUGGGGCUGGUUUCCAGAUUGGACUUUCUGCCGUGAGUCCAGGGUUCUCGAUAGUCCCUCGGGAACGGAGACGAAGGACCAGUGGCUUUGGAGUGGGUGCGUCCAUUAGCGGAGAUGAAGCUGAUGUAGCACGGCGAAGAACCGUGAGUGAAGGAAAUGUGAGAACAGACGUGGUUCUGGACUCUGAAUGCCGAGACCGGGAAGAUGGGGCGGAUCCUGUUGCGCAGAGGAGUCCCAAAGGGAAGGGGAAGGGGAAGUCGACGAGGCGUUGGGCAUGGCUUAGAAGAACAUUUAUGGAACGGGACUGA